ACUAAACUUGUUUUUAUGUACUAUAAGUGUGGGUCUGUCUUGGACGCGCAGAAAGUGUUAGAUCAAAUGCACGACAGAAUUAUUCUUACAUGGAAUGCUAUGAUGGGUGCUUAUGUUUCGAAUGGAGAAUCUUUAAGAGCGCUUGAUUUGUACAGGCGAAUGAAGGUUUUGCGUAUUCUCUUUGAUUCUUUUACUUUUCCUUGUGUACUUAAAGCGUGCGGUAAUGUGGUUGAGGAUAUCCAGUGUGGGGCUGAAAUUCAUGGUCUGGUAAUUAAAUGUGGAUAUGAUUCCAUUAUGUAUGCUGCUAAUUCUCUUGUUGCCAUGUAUGCCAAGUGCCGUGACAUAAUCGGAGAGAGGACACUGUUCGAUAGAAUGAAUGAAAGAAACGAUGUUGUGUCAUGGAAUUCUAUAAUUUCUGCUUAUUCUAUAGAUAGGCAGUGUAUGGAGGCAUUGAAAUUGUUUAGCGACAUGCAGAAGGCUGGUGUUGGUGUGAAUACUUAUACUUUUGUUGCUGCUCUUCAAGCUUGUGAGAAUUCUUCCUUCAAGAAACCGGGCAUGGAGAUUCAUGCUGCUAUUUUAAAAUCAAGUCCAGUUACUGCCUUGGUGGCUAUGCAUGUGAGAUUUUUUGGUAAAAUGAGUGAUGCUGCUAGAAUUUUUGAUAAGUUGGACGAGAAGGAUUACAUCAGUUGGAAUUCCAUGCUCGCAGGUUACAUUCAAAAUGGUUUAUAUAUGAAGCUUUGCGAUUAAUUCUUCUGUGGUUUGCAGGAUGCUAAUCUAAAAUUAGAUGAGGUUUCUCUAGUAACCAUCCUUGCUGCGUCUGGGAGAUUGGGUUGUUUAUUGAAUGGAAAGGAAAUUCAGGCUUUAAAAUUGUUGAGGGAAGCGCAGGUGGAAGGGAUGGAAGUAGUAGAUGCAAUGAUGAUAGGAAGCACCUUGCUGGCUUGCAGUGGAUUGAAGUGCUUGUCCCAUGCAAAAGAAGUUCAUGGCUAUGCUUUGAAGCAAUGUUUAUCUGGUCUUAUGCUGCAGAAUAUGAUAGUUGAUGUGUAUGAGUGUGGGAAUAUUAAUUAUGCGACUAGAAUGUUUGGGUCGAAAAAAUGUAAAGAUUUAGUGUCUUGGACGAGCAUGAUAUCGUGCUAUGUACAUAAUGGAAAUGCAAAUGAAGCUCUGAUGAAAGAAAUAGGUGUUGAACCUGACUCGAUAUCUCUAGUGAGCAUCCUCUCUGCUGCUGCUAGCUUAUCUGCCUUGACUAAAGGAAAAGAGAUUCAUGGUUUCAUAUAUACAGAAGGUGUAAUUCCCAAACUUUUAGUUCAAAUUCAAGUUCAAGUUAGUUGAAGAUGAUCAAAUUUUAUCUUUACCAGAAGUAAAAGUUUAGCUCUGUGGACAACUAUGAUCAGUGCAUAUGGAAUGCAUGGACGUGGCAAGGCAGCUGUUGAGUUAUUCAGUAAAAUGAAGGACCAAAAACUUAUUCCUGAUCAUAUUACCUUCUUGGCACUUCUUCAUGCAUGCAGUCAUUCAGGAUCAAUCGAUGAAGGCAAAAGAUUACUUGAAAGUGAAACUAUGAAAUGUAAAUAUCAUCUGGAGCCCUGGCCAGAACAUUGUGCAUGUCUGGUCGAUCUUCUUGGCCGUGCAAAUUGCUUAGCAGAUGCGUGCCAUUUUGUGAAAAACAUGCAGAUUGAACCGACUGCUGAAGUUUGGUGUGCACUCCUCGGGGUUUGUCAGGUUCACUCAAAUAAAAAACUUGGACAAAUUGCCGCCCAGAAGCUCUUAGAGUUGGACCCUGAUAGUCCAGGAACUUUCGUGCUGAUAUCCAAUCUCUUUGCUUCCAGUGGAAGAUGGAAAGAUGCGGAAGGAAUAAGAAUGAGAAUGAAGGGGAGUGGGUUGAAGAAAAACCCUUGAUGCAGUUGGAUUGAGGUUGGGAACAAGAUUCAUACAUUUCUAGCCAGAGACAACUCUCACCCGCAAUCUUAUAAUAUUUAUCAGAAGUUAGCUCAAAUUACGGAGAAGUUAGAGAUGGAAGGGGGGCAUGUGCCUCAGACCAAGUUAUUUGUUUUGCACAAUGUAGGGGAAGAAGAGAAAGUUCAGAUGCUCUAUGGGCAUAGUGAAAGGCUGGCGAUUACAUAUGGUUUGUUGAGCACUCCUGGGGGGACCCCUGUUAGAAUUGCAAAGAACCUUCGAGUUUGUGGUGAUUGCCAUACUUUCUGCGAGCUAGUUUCAAAAUUCUUUGGAAGAGAACUAAUUGUGAGGGAUGCCAGCCGAUUUCAUCAUUUUGAAGACGGGAUCUGCUCUUGUGGUGAAUUCUGGUGACUAUGUAAAUAUGUACCUGAAAAUUUGGCUCGCACAGGAUUCUUUUGGAUUCACAUUAAUUCACCAAUGGUAAGCUAUUGUUUACUACCUCACCUAUUACGCUGCUGUUAAGUUUACUACCUUGCCAUGUUCCAACAAGGAGUUAAGAUGGGAUUUAGGUCCUGAUAGGCAGGACAUUUGAAGCAGCAUUAUUCAGAAAGACUCCUGUGGUCUAUCCCUGAAGUUGCCUCUGUGCUGCACUUCUUAUGCAAGACUUGUAUUGGGCAAAAAUGAGGUACUCACAAAUUAUUAUGCUGAGAAAAAGGUGGUAAUGGGGUACAUUUAAACACUUUCAAAAUUCUUCCGUCUCAUGUUCAGGUUAUCAAGGCAUGUGCUUCAGGAGUGAAUGCGUGCAUAUUCCAAUAGGAGGAACUGAAGGACAGAAUUUGUGAAGCUGUUUAGCACAUGUCCAUAUCUUUCUGCUGACAUCGUUAAUCAUCAAUAAAGACUCUUAUUGAAUCCAGAUGUUCCCAUGUAAGGUCGACUAAAAUCUAAUAUUUUAUUUGGUGAUUGAGCUAGUCUUCCAAUUCCGUUACAAAAAAUAUAGGGGGAGGGGGUGGGUUGCCGACACAAGUUUCUUUUGGGAGCAAUUUCUUUUUUCUGGAUGUUUUUGUGAAUUGAAAUUUAUAGACAUCUGAGAUUUCAAUCAGAAAAGGCCUUGGGGUUGAUCAGGCUGUUUACUGCUACUCUCAAAUGCAAUGAGCUUUUCUUCCAAUCACAUAUCAGAAUCCAGAGCUGCUGUUCAAGUCCCCAACUUUACAGUGUUCUAAGCAGCAGUCAGAUUUAAUUUUACUCCCAAAGGCAAAAUUUGAGGUAGAGUGUCACUCAGCUAGAGCUCAUCUGGAUUUAGUCCCUUGAAGUGACCCCUAUCCAAGGGUUAUAAAAUGAUUCUAAUGUUUUUUUUCUUUCUUCAAGUUAUUCCCAGGCUAUUGCCGAUGGUUAAUUCUUAAUUAAUUCUUCGAGGUUCUAUCGGCCAUCAAGAAAGGAACCUCUUUCAAGAAAAUUUGUUGUAUCCACGAGAACUCGAGACCAUUAGCUACCAUAGUCUCAUCCACUCAGUCUAGUCUGUUAACAUGUGGGCUUCAAGGGACCAAAAAAAUCAUUCUGAUGUGCUUCAAGGCCCCCUGUUUUCUACACUUUGUUGGAUGGUCUCCCCCUUGGAUAUUUGACCUCUCUGGUUUCUGCUUGGUCUCAAGUCUCAGAAUUGAAAACCCACUCCGCUGUGCUAGAUUGCUUUUGAUUUAAGCUCGUAUUGGUCUAUUGACUGUGCA